AUGUGGCGCGCGCUUCACCGCAGCGGGAGCUCGAAGCUCACCACCACCCCCAGCGCUGCCGCAUCAAUGUUGUCGCAGUCAUUAUCCCGCCCACAUUUCCUUACCCGGACUCUAUCGACCGUUACCACUAACCUGAAUCAAACUCUUAAAACCAAUACCGCAUCGACUCUCCGCUCCUUACCCUCGCGACGGCACCCCGUUCGCAUCCCGCCUCCGAACUCCGCACCCGCACAGUUCCCCAUCCCCCCCCACUCGCGCCAGCUAUCCUCUCCCUCGCACGCACACUGGCGAUCGGGUCUUGCGCGGGGAGAGAGAAGCCCGUGGGAUCCGCACCCUAUAGCCCGUCGACAGAUACCACCAGCAUCAGGCCCAGCGUCCGCGACUUAUUAUACCAGCAAUACCCCCCCUCCCCGCACCACCAGCAACAAUCCCCCCCUCCUCCGCUCCCAGAGAGCACCCAGUCACCACCGCCUCUGCCACCGCCUCCGCCUCCGCCUCCGCCAACCACUCAAACAGUUGCGCGCGUUCUCGCAAUCUCAGCAACAGAGGCGUGAUGGGAAUUACAAAUACCGGAGCUUUGAGGGGCGCGGUGGUGGAUAUGGCGGGGGCGAAGGAACGGGGCCGGGGCCAUGGGGGAAUAGCCGCCUCACGUACUUUUGGGCGCAAUAUCGGUAUAUGAUUGUCGGGGGCGGGGCGGCGGUGGUGGGGUUCUACGUGUGGAAUUUGGAUGUUGUUCCGAUGACCGGCCGGCGCCGUUUCAACUGCAUUUCCAACGAGAUGGAGAUGCAAUUCGGCAAACAGACGUACGAGAUGAUCUUGCAGGAAUAUCGAGGCCAAUUCCUACCCGAGUCUCAUCACCUCGUCAGAUAUGUCGACAGUGUCUUUCGCAAGUUGAUCCUCUCCGGCCAGCCGCAGCUGGGCGAAGAAGAUGCCCUGCUUAAGAAUCUGAAGUGGAAGGUGCAUGUGAUUAACUCGUCGGAGAUGAAUGCAUUUGUGUUGCCGGGUGGAAACGUCUUCGUGUUCACGGGCAUUUUACCCAUCUGCCGAGAUAGGGACGGUCUCGCUGCCGUCCUGGGACAUGAAAUCGCACACGUCCUCGCCCACCACCCUGCCGAGCGCAUGAGUUCGAGUAUCAUCGUGAUCGUCGCCGCGUUGGCAGCAUCGAUGCUGUUUGACGUGUCGCAAAACCUGUCGUCGGCGAUUUUGAAUUUGAUGCUUGCUUUGCCGAAUUCGAGGACGCAGGAGUCUGAGGCGGAUGAGAUUGGACUCAUGAUGAUGGCAAAGAGCUGUUUUAAACCUGAAGCUGCGGUUGGAUUAUGGAGCCGGAUGCACCAGGCAGAGAAGGCAGUGCCUUCCCAGAUAUUGUCCACGCAUCCUUCUAGCCGGAGACGGAUGGAGGCAAUUCAGAAAUGGCUCCCGCAAGCAAAUACCGUGUAUGAUGACAGCGGAUGUGGAGUUACAGAGCGAUAUGAGCAAACUCAUCGCCCACCCAGGCCUGAGCUCACUAAAUUCGGGCAACCAGAGCAGCUUCAAAAACGGAGAAGACGACAUCACCACCCACCCGAUUCCUCUUCACCACAGACAGAGGAGGAGGCACAUAUACAUACACAUACAACCAUGUCGUUGUCAAUUCCCAACGCCCCAAAUGCUGGGCUGUUCAAGCAGGGUUAUACCAGCCAUGACUCCGAAGACGGCGCUGUCCUCCGUAAUAUCGAAGCAUGCCGCGCCAUUGCACAGACCGUGCAGACCUCACUGGGCCCUAACGGCCGCAACAAAAUCGUAAUCAACCACCUACAGAAGCUGAUCCUGACCUCCGAUGCCGCCACCAUCCUACGCGAGCUGGAGGUUGUGCACCCGGCUGCCAAACUGGUCGUCAUGGCCAGCCAGCAGCAGGAAGCAGAGAUGGGCGAUGCGACUAAUUUGGUUAUUGUGCUUACGGGAGAGUUGCUGAAAAAGGCCGAAGAAUUACUGCGAAUGGGACUUAAGACGAGCGAUAUUGUUCUGGGGUAUGAGAAGGCGCAGGGGAUUGCGUUGAGGUGUUUGGACGAUCUCGAGGUGGACCGGCUCAAGGAGCUACGGUCUACGACGGAGUUGAGCAAAGCGGUCAGAACUGUCAUUGCAAGCAAACAGUCCGGCUCAGAAGAUAUUCUUGCUCCACUUGUUGCAGAGGCCGUGUUGGCAGUCCUCCCAAAGAACCCAGCAAAUUUCAAUGUGGAUAAUAUUCGAGUUGUCAAAAUCAUGGGAGGUAGCUUGGAGCAAUCACGAGUCGUCAAAGGAAUGGUUUUCGGCCGUGAACCCGACGGAGCUAUAAAAAAGGCCAAAAAAGCCAAGGUUGGCGUUUUCAGCUGUCCGAUCGAUAUUUCACAAACAGAAACGAAAGGAACAGUCCUCUUGCACAAUGCGAAGGAGAUGUUGGAUUUCACAAAGGGCGAAGAGGCACGUCUGGAAGCAACAAUUAAAGAAUUAUAUGACUCCGGUGUCCGUGUCGCCGUGGCAGGCUCUACAAUCGGCGAGCUGGCAAUGCACUACCUCAACCGCUUCAACAUCCUCGUCAUCAAGGUACUCUCCAAAUUCGAACUCCGCCGUCUAUGCCGCGUUGUUGGCGCUACACCCCUUGCCCGCCUUGGUGCUCCCAUGCCGGAUGAAAUGGGUACCGUUGACGUGGUCGAGACGCUCGAGAUUGGCGGUGACCGCGUGACCGUCUUCCGACAAGAGGACGCUGGCACCGUCACACGGACUGCAACCAUCGUGCUGCGCGGCGCAACGCAAAACCUCCUCGAUGACGUUGAGCGCGCCAUUGAUGACGGCGUCAAUGUUAUCAAAGCAGUAACAAAGGACCCCCGCCUGGUCCCUGGCGCUGGCGCGACGGAGAUCCAACUCGUCGAACGUAUCUCUGCCAUUGCGGAUAAAACUCCUGGGCUUCCACAGUAUGCCAUCCGCAAAUAUGCCGAGGCGUUCGAAGUCAUCCCACGCACGCUGGCUGAAUCCGCCGGCCUGGAUGCCACCGAGGUCCUAUCACGUCUCUACACCGCGCAUCAGCAACACCGUAGAUCGAUACCGGCAAACAAGAACCGCCCCUCCAAUGCUGACGAUGACGAUGAAGAUGAAGAGGAGGAAUCGGAAGAGUCGUCCGAAAACGCCUCCUCGUCCGAUGAAGACGAGCCAUUCUGGACCACCGGCGUAGACUUACAUGCAUUCUCCACCUCGGGAACCGUGAAUGCCGUCGAUGACGGGAUCCUUGAUUUACUCGUUUCGAAGGCAUGGGCUAUCAGGUUGGCGACGGAGGCGGCGCGGACGGUGUUGUCGGUUGAUCAGAUUAUUGUGGCCAGGCAGGCGGGCGGGCCAAAGCCACCGGGGCAGAAUCCUAAUUGGGAUGAGGAUUGAGGGGUGUGAUUUGAUCAACGAUCAGGUGUUGUUGACGUUGUUGCUGUAGCUGGUGCUGUUGUUCUGAUGUAUGGUGAGAGUAAAUUGCAAAAGGGAAGGGGAAAAAGAGAGAGAGAGACAGGCAAUAAUAAAAUGGAUGAAUUUCUUUUGGCAUUUUUAUACACUAAUUCCAAUGGGAAAAAAAAAUAAAAAUUGAUCUCUUGCUUUAUUUUUUUUACUCUCUUUUGGAAAAAAAAAAAAGCGGGAACAUGCAAAUGGCUAAAUGGAUUUCUACUACUAGACUACUGGAUGUCAAUUUGGUUGAGAUAGACAGAGGCUGGGCUGGCGAUGCCCGCUUUCUUUACCCUAUUUUCUCAUGGUUUUGGUUGGCAUGUUAAUUCAUGGAGGUAGGAAGUGUAGGGGUAGCGGAUUAUCAGGCGGAAUGAAAUAGAUUUCCUUUCUCGCUCGAACAUGAAAUUCAUGUUCCAUUAGCGUUGAAUUGUAGGUGAUUUGAAGCCUCGAACUCAACUCAAUCACAUGUUUAUCUCCCUGUCUAGAGAGAGGGAGAUAUGUAGCGCACCGUACAUGCUUAGGAACUAUCUACGCAAUUAUCCACCUAGUUAUACCCCAUUUGUCAAUUGUGAAGCUGCCACAGUUAAUAGAUGGAUCCGAUACAUUUGAUCAAGUGGUAUGGAUGUAUGUGUAUGUAUGUGUGUAUGGGAAUGUAUCAUAGAUAUCAUGUUUGAAACUAUGCGACAUCAAAAAAGGAAUGGGGUUAGGGCCAAAAGACAUACAAAAGCAGAGUUCCCAGGUGCGCCAGGAAGCAGGAGCGAAAUAGAAGCGGGGGUAUCAUAUUCAUCAAAUUCGUGAAAGCAAGAUAGAGAAGAGGAAGAUGCGUAUCAGCCAAAAAAAGAAAACAUCCGUAAAACGCAAACCUCAGCCCGUACCACCCACCCACGCCAUAUCAGUAAGCUCCAUUGGAAAAAGCACAAUCUACGUUAUUUAAAUAGGAGAGGAGAGGUGUAUAUGUCCAUCUAUGGGAAGCAUAAAGUCUUCGUCUCUCCCUUUUGCGCGACGCACUGGAGUGCGAUCAGUUUAACCCUUUUUCGUUCAUGUUGUGCAUUGCAGUUGCGUCACUUCGCACACUCUAGAUGUCGAGUACUGAGAUUUUGUUCGCGAUUUCUUCGCGAAAAGAGUGGCACAGUUUAUCGGUGAAGUUUACCGCGUGGGUGGAGCUGUAGACGGUUAGGGAGGUUCGUGAGGUGUUAUGUUGGACGGUAGAUAUUGAAAUUUUGACCGAUUCGUUC